AAUUCUUUUCUGUCAAUAUCUGUGACAAUAAUAGCAAACAGCAUCAACGGCUACUGAAAUGAGGUACACUCCACUCUGUUUGUUCUGUAUAUUAGCUGCAACAUUAGUCCUCAUCGUGAUUUACUUGAAGCACAAGAAACACUUUGGCACAAGCAAGAGAAAACUACCUCCUGGGGAAAUGGGGCUUCCCUGGAUAGGCCAAACAAUGGAGUUCUACAGAGCUCAACAGAAAAACAGUUUGUUUGAUGACUUUGUUCAGCCCCGGAUUGCAAAACAUGGCAAAAUCUUCACAACACAUUUAAUGGGAUCACCAACUGUGAUUGUGAAUGGAGCCAAUGCUAACAGAUUCCUGUUGUCCAAUGAGUUCAAGCUGGUGAUAAGUUCGUGGCCUUCAGCAUCGGUUCAGCUUAUGGGGAAGGACUCCAUCAUGGAAAAGCAAGGGGAGAGGCACCGCUGCCUUCGCGGGCUUAUAGGCUCAAGCCUUGGCCAGGCAGGGCUUGAGACGUUAGUGCCUAAAAUAUGUAACUUAAUGAAGUUGCACUUGGACACAAAAUGGAAAGGCCAGGAUGAGAUCAGCCUGUAUCAUGCAACGAAAGUCUUGACUUUUUCGAUAGUGUUUGAGUGCUUGUUGGGGAUCAAUGUGAAGGCAGAUAUGUUGGGAACAUUUGAGAGGGUUUUGGAAGGGGUUUUUGCAGCACCAAUUAAUUUUCCGGGGUCCAGGUUUUGGCGAGCAAAGAAAGCGAGGAAGGAGAUUGAGAAAAUACUGGUUAAAGUAGUAAGAGAGAAGAAGAAGCACAUGGAAGAAAGCAAGAAAGAAGAAGAAGAGCAAGGAGGGAUGUUGGUGUCUAGAUUAGUGGCUGGGAUGAUUUGAGGAGAAAUUACCGAAGAGGAGGUUGUUGAUAAUGUGGUCUUGCUGGUGUUCGCAGCUCAUGAUACUACUUCUUUUGCCAUUGCCAUGACAUUCAAAAUGUUGGCUCAGCAUCCAUAUUGCCACAGUUUCCUACUUAAAGAACAUGCUGAGAUAAUGAGAAGCAAAAAACCUGGUGAUCAAAAUCUGACAUUGGAUGAUACGAAGAACAUGAAGUACACCUGGCAGGUUGCUCGUGAAAGCAUGCGUCUCUUCCCUCCUAUCUUCGGCUCUUUCAGGAAAGCCAUUGUUGAUAUUGAAUAUGAAGGAUUCACUAUUCCACAAGGAUGGAAGGUGUUGUGGACAACAUAUGGAACACAUUACAAUUCAGAAUAUUUUGAAGAUCCUUCGAGUUUCAAUCCAAGCCGGUUUGAGGAGCAUGUUCCACCAUAUGCCUUUCUGGCAUUCGGAGGAGGGCCAAGAGUUUGUGCAGGGUACCAACUUGCUAAGCUGAACAUCCUCAUUUUCAUGCAUUUCAUCGUGACUCGUUAUGACUGGUUUUUGCUAUAUCCUGAUGAGCCUAUAUCCAUGGAUCCUCUUCCAUUUCCUUCAUAUGGAAUGCCUAUUAAAAUUACUCCAAAGUUGUUUUGAAGUUCACAACCAA